GAAAGAUAGGACACACUCGCACAGAAGACUGAAGAGUUACAGCUUUGUCACACCUCCUCUCAUAGCACAUACUCUGGAGGGAAGAGAUUUCCAUUUCCAAGUUUGGACAUUGACACAGAGUGAGUGUACCAUCUAAUCUUCAAGCAGGCUGUGCUGUGGGAUUCCAGAAUUUUGAGUUUGGACAUCGACACACAGUGAGAGUCGCCUACAGCUUUGCUAGUCCUCCUUGCAUGCCUUCUGUGGAGUUUGAGGGUUUUUUUUAAAAGUUGGACAUUGGCAUCAACAUUGACAUACAGAACUCUGUGGAUUUUGAGAUUGUAUACAUUGGACAUUGACAUUGGACAUUAACAUUGACAUACAGGCCUGGAUAAAUAGACACCACUUCUGCUUCAGCAUACCAGACGACCACACGGGCUGCUGAGGAGAGUAGCAGACCCCUGAACCCCGCACAGCAGAUUGUGGCACCGCGGCCAGGCAGACACAGACGGCCGAUGUCAGCCAAUCAGACGGCCCCUCAGAAGAAGAAGAGGGCGGGGCUAAAGAAAGCUCUGAUCACCAUCAUCGCUGUCCUGCUAAUACUGGGAGCGCUGGGGGUAGCAGCAUACUUUAUAAAGCAGCUGAUUGAAAGUAAAUACUUCUUCUGCUCCAAGUCUCUGAAGUUCGUCCCUCUGAGUGCCACAUGUGAUGGAACGCGAGACUGUUCCCAUGGCGAAGAUGAGAACACGUGUGUCUCCUCCUAUCAUUCCAACAACACCUUCCCUGUGCGCCUGGUGUCCAAUCGCAGCGUGCUGCAGGUAUUCAGUGCGGAGUCGGGAUGGAAGAGUGUGUGUGCAGAGGGAUUCACAUCCCAACACACUCACAUGGCCUGUAACCAGCUGGGGUACACAAGUAAGCCCAGUUUCGGUGCGGUGUCGGCCCGGCUCGUGUCUGCCACGCUGGGAACGUCCUUCGUUGCCGUGGAGUCCAGUCGUGGCAGUGCCCUGCAGAACAUCGUAGCCAACAGGAAAGUCUGCAGUUCUGGAUCAGUUGUCACAUUAUCCUGCUCAGACUGUGGCACGCGUGACAGCCAGGAACGCAUAGUGGGGGGCGUGGCUGCAGACAUCAAAGAAUGGCCAUGGCAGGUGAGCCUACAGCAGAAUGGACAGCACACCUGCGGGGGGUCCCUGGUGUCACCUCAAUGGGUCGUCACCGCAGCACACUGCUUCUCAGAUUCCCAGAAGGCCGUGGGGAGGUGGAAGGUGGUGUCAGGUCGUACCUACAUGGGCUCGACAGGAGGGUUCUCCGUCGAGAAGAUCAUUCUACACAGUCGCUACGACAACAAGAGGAACGAUUAUGACAUCGCCAUGAUGAAGCUCAGCAGCCCCAUCACCGUCAGCGAUGUGCGGAGGCCGGUGUGCUUGCCGCCCAGUGCCAUGGGCCUGAAGGGGGGAGACCCUCUAGUGGUGACCGGAUGGGGAUACCUGGAGGAGAAAGGUAAGGUGUCCCCCAACCUGCAGAAGGCUAGCGUGCCGCUAAUAGACCGCGCUAGGUGCUCCUCACCGACCAUAUAUGGGCAGCUCGUCACUCCCAGAAUGCUUUGCGCUGGCUUCCUGGAGGGGAAUGUCGACGCCUGUCAGGGUGACAGUGGUGGUCCGUUGGUGUUCCUGUCGGGGCGGAGCUGGACGUUGGUGGGCGUGGUCAGCUGGGGUGUGGGCUGUGCCCGACAGAACCGACCCGGAGUUUACUGCAACGUAGACGACCUCUUAGACUGGAUACACAACGCCAUGGACACGAUGUAACCAGUGGACAGCACAGGAGGAGCAGGCUACCUCUAUACUUGAAAUAGUGUGUGUGUGUGUGUGUGUGUGUGUGUGUGUGUGUGCACCGCACACACACACACACACACACACACACACACACACACACACACACACACACACACACACACACACACACACACACACACACACACACACACACACACACACACACACACUUUCAUCCAUAGACACAUACUCUACUGUGCACAGCCACAUUCUGAAGAAGCCGCUGUCCUGCUUCAUCUUCAGAAGUGCCCUUGAGCAAAGCACCUAACCCCGCGUUGCUCCAAGGACUGUAACCAAUACCCUGUAACGUAAAAUAAAUGGAAGUCGCUUUGUAUGAAAGUGACAGCUAAGAAUAAUGUAAUGUAAUGUAAUGUAAUGGUGUGGCCAUCUUCUCCUGGUGGGUCUUCACCGGGACUCAAACCAAAGCCAUGAAGUCACUGUGUGUGCUUCGCCAUGCCACUGCGUGUGCGUGUCACUGUGUGUGCUUCGCCUUGCCACUGCCUCUACUCAGGGGAAAUGUAUUAUCUUACUGUUUGUCUGUGAGUUUGUUGAUGUAACUGUAACUGAAAAGGCCGAUUGGAGACAGCAGGCCUUAACGAACCACUUGUAGCACCAAUAGGAUUGGAAUUCGGUGUUGCCGACAAGCGAUUAUAUGGAAAAGUUUGUUACAGUGCAGUACAUGAAACUGGUACAACAGUAAGCCAACAUUUACAUCAGAAAAAGUGUUUCUACUUUUGCAUUAAAAGUACAAUUUACAGUAGGUGUGGUAUCCCAAAUUUAAAGAGUAUUUACGAGGUGGUCCUUGGUAAAUCUUCUUUUCCAUUGGGGGUCUUAAUUCUACUAGCCAAACGCAAAUGCACAAAGGGGUGAAAGUGGCUCGUUAGUAAGUUGGCCUUUUCUUCCAGCCAAACUGAAAUUUCACCGGCAUUUGGCCAAUUGGCUGGUGCCGGGUGUGAUUAAGACUUUUCACAGCAGUUGUGGUAGCCCAAUUUUGGGGCGUUAUCAUGAGAUUGUAGCAGAAGAAGUUUUUCCUUGAAUGUGCUGUAUUCGCUCUGGAAGCGACAUCGGCAUGUUUGAUUGAGCCAAUCACAUAACGGUUCUGGCUUGACAGCUUGGGACAUUUGUUGAUAUGAACAUUCCAACUGGUUUUCGUAGCUCAUUACCAUAAGAUUAGCUUGACUUUAAUCGUUAAAACUCGCUCUGGUUGCUCAGUUCACUUUGCCCCUGGCGAAUUCGCUCUGGUAGCGCUUGUCACGCAGCCUCCAUAAUGACUUUCGUUGCUCCGUUUGUGUUGGUCGAUACUGGUCUGAAUAAGGCAUUAGCCUUUACGUGCCUUAACCAUCCACAUGCUACCCUGACAGGGCCGGACUAAUACACAGGCUAGAUAUGGCUACAGCCUAGGGGCCCCACCUGCCAGGGCCCCCACAGUCUAGAUAUGGCUACAGCCUAGGGGCCCAAACCUGGCAGAGUGCCCCCUCAGAAUAUAUAUGGCUGAAGCCUAAGGGCCCCCACCACAGGCUGGAUAUGGCUACAGCCUAGGGGCCCCACCUGCCAGGGCCCCCUUAGUCUAGAUAUGUCUGCAGCCUAGGGGCCACCACCUGCCAGGGGCCCCCAUAUUUGGAGAAAAGUAACGGUAUUUAUAUUUUUGCAGUGUUGAUAACUGCCAUGUCCAAUUUUAUUAAUACUACUCUUGGGUUGGAAUUAUGACGCCAUCUAUGUAAUUUUGUUACGAAAUUUGUCUUCCGUGGGGGCCUACAGCAAACUGUAGCCAAGGGCCCCGAGCCUUCAUAAUCUGGGCCUGUACCCUGCCAUAAUAUUAUCAACUGCGUGGCCAAACUAGAGGAGCGAUGUGGCUUUAAAUGCGGCAGUCAUGGUCUAGUGGUUAGGGAGUUGAUUGGUCUUUCAAUCAGGCGGUUGCAGGUUCAAAUCCAACCUGACCUCUCCCUACACUUCCAGCCAUGGCUGAAGUGUCCUUGAGCAAGGCACCUAACCCUAAACUGCUACGGGGACUGUAACCAGUACCCUGACAAACAGCAACUGUAUGUUGCUUUGGGUAAAAGCGUCAGCUAAGUGUAAUGUAAUGUUUAUAUAUGUUAAUGUUGGUGCUUUUGUCUAAAGCCAAAAAUGUGUAUGAGUGUGUGCAGUUCUGGCGAGUCUUUUGCCGAACACAUACUGCAUACUGCGUUUCUGAUUGUGUGUGUGUGUGUGUGUGUGUGUGUGUGUGUGUGUGUGUGUGUGUGUGUGUGGUAGUGAAUGUUCUCGCUAUAAUUCACUUUUUGUACAUAAUGUAAUUAUUGAAGAUAUGUGUGUGAUUUUAAUGUGAUUUCUGCAUAUGUAUUUGGUUUAUAAAUAUCUAUGGUACUGUACAU